AUGGAGACCGAAUCUUCACCCAUUCCCAUAGACGAGGAUUAUACUGGUUUUUUGGUUACAAUUAAUGAUGAGUGGCUGAAAAUGUAUGAGUACCGGUACCCAGUAACAUCAGCGAACUUUCUAACCAUCAAAGGUGACUGUUCGAUGCGCUCGGUUUCCAUAUUUGAGGAGAAGGGAGAGGAGACAAUAAAAGCAGCCGAAUACCAGCAGCAGGAGACGGAGGAAACGGAAAAAGAAGAGAGAGAAGAAAAAGAUGAGAGAGCGGAUGAAAGUGAGAACAAAUAA